AUGGAAGACAAAGUAUCGGAUGGCAGAGACUCAGAAUAUGCCCAUAAUUGUUCCAAUAAGUUCGCACAAUAUGAAAGUGAUCAAUCUAGUAGGCACCGCAGGUCUAGGACUGGAGAUCAAGAACGCAUCUACACAGAAUUUCAGCAAAAAUCUGAUACUAAACCCUCUAGAUUUAGUGCCAGUAUGCAAGGGAAACUAAUAGAGAUGAUAUUACAAAAGAUAAGCCCUUGGGAUGACGCAUCCGCUCGGUCAGAUUGCAACCUUGAAUCGACCACCCGGCCUGGUUUCUCAAUCCCAUUGAUGACAGCCAACUUUAGGCAGUUCAACGCAAGAAUAUCGGUUGUUUUUGAGUUUCAGAGAAAGAUCGCAAAGCUACUAUCCUGGGAUAUCCCAACUCAGACGAUGUCAUUCCUGGCUUUAUAUACCUUAACCUGCUUGAAUCCAGAUCUCAUCUGUGUUUUCCCCGUUGCUGCAAUACUAUUAGCUCUCCUGAUACCUUCCUACACCUCUCGUUACUUUGCGCAAUUUACAACAGAGAGUACACAAAUCCCGGCCCCAACCAUAAAUCCUGUCAGAGAGAUGUCAAAGGAUUUUUUUCGCAACAUGUGCGAUCUUCAGAAUAGCAUGGGAGAUUUCUGUCGAAUUCAUGAUCAAUGUGUGAGUCUCACUGUACCAUUGACAAAUUUCUCGGACGAACUUUUAUCUUCAGCAUUUUACAACUUCUCUUUUGCUGCUUUGCUCAUUAUUUUGGUUUUAUCACCUCUUCUCCCAUGGCAAAUCAUAUUUCUAUUAUUUGGAUGGGUAACAGUAGGUAUAGGGCAUCCCACUAUCCAGCGGAAAAUCAUUGGUUUACACGAAAAUCAUUUUGAAAAUCUUAAAGCAAAACUUAUCGUCUUGGUUGAAAAUUGGGUUACUCAGGACAUAAUCCUUGACUCAAAUGAGAGAUUCAAUGUCGAGAUUUUCGAGCUUCAAGUUUUAUCGUCUGCUGGUGAAUGGGAGCCCUGUGUUUUUAGUACUUCCCCUUUUGAUCCCGGAUCCGAGGCAAGAAUUCAAUUUGAAAGUCCCAAAGGCACUCGGUUCAUAGAAGAUGUUAAGCCCCCGGCAGCUUGGGAAUGGGAUCAGCUACAAUGGGAAUUAGAUCCUUACAGUUAUAGUUGGGUAGAAGAGCGAGAUAUUACCGGAGUUGAAGUAGAGAUGGAUGAUGGUUCGUGGGUAUUUGACCUUCGAUAUGAGAAUACCAAAUCUACAAAUGAGGCUGAGGAACAAGAAAAACAGAAUUUUUUACCUGAGAAAAAGAGUGCGCACUAUGAAACAUCUAGCUGGGAGGAAGGCUGCAAUGUUACUGGUGACCCUAGUUCUAGGAGAGGUGAAUGGAGACGUAGACGUUGGACUCGUUCGGUGAAACGGAUAAAGACCCCUGUUUUAGAUUGA